CAAGUUGAUGUUCUUUUUACAAAACUAACAACUUGAUCGGUUGAUCUUUGGUUGUCAUAUAAUGCAUGUAUGUAUAAAUAAUAUAAAGUGUGUAGGCCAUCGUGCAUUUUAAGAUAUGCAUAAAGGAUUGUUCACUAGGUACAGUGGUACGCAUAAAUGCAUAGCCGUAGAUACUGAUAACAUGUUGUUGAAAGAGUUAUUCCAUUUAAAAAAAUGUAAUACAUAUUUCCUUAUAUAUGAAUAUAUAUUGAGAAAAUAUAUCAUUGUAUGACCUUUUUACUUUUACAGAUUUGAGUCACUUCAAAGAAACAAAAGAAAUAAAAAACGUAAGUCAAUUUUCAGGAAGAUAAAUGUCUAAUCGCUAUUUAUUUUAAACGUAACUUCUGUCUUCUGUAACUCUUAAAGUGAAAAGAUCUACAGUUCCCCAGUUCCCCACAACCAAAAUCAUGAUCAUACACUUAUACCUACACCUCUCUAUAGUUCCAUUUUCAGAAACUUUAAAUAUCCAACCAACAAAACAAAAUCGCAUCUAAUAUCAGUGACAAAACUAUAAAGAAAUUCAGACAUUUAGGUUUAGCUAUAACAUUAUUCAGAAUAUUUUCAGCGUUCACCAAUACAAUAACAUUGAUCGUUUUAUAAAAUACGUAUGCGACGACAUAAUUUAUAUAGUAACUACACAAAUUUCUUAUGAUUAUAAUAACUAUAUGAACGUCUUAACAUUUACACCCAAAAAAAAACUAUGAACGAUUUUUUUUUGUUAGUAAUAACAAUUAACAGGAGCGUUGUAAAAGCUGUUUUAAGUUUUAACAUUCCGCAACUCAGUUGAAAGAAAAAUUACACAAUUAUUUAGCAAUAUUAGUACCUCUUGUAAACUCCAAUGAUCAUUUUAUUCCUAUUAAAUAUCAUUUUGAAGUAAUAUAGUAAUAUUUGUAAAGUUAUAGUCAUAUAUUUAAUUGACCUUGUAUCCUCUUUUUCUUUUAUCAAAUCUGAUUAAGACCAUAAUUCUUCAACAUCACAACAUGAUCAUGAACUGAAAUUAGAGUGAUGGCCUGUAAGGCUGCAAUCCUAAAUAUGCAUGUGAAGAAGUAAUGGAAUUAAAUAAAUCCUGAUAUAGGUAAAUUUCUGCAUGUUAUAUUAAUUUGCUGUUGUGACAAAGCAAGCGAAAGAUGUUUGAACUUUUUGAGGAAGAGAAAGGACUUUAACAUCAGUAAAUUAAAGAAGGACAGAACAGCGCAAGUCACAAGGAUAGUAUAAUCUUUAUUACUCUUUAUUUAAUGUAUACAUUACACAUUUUCCAAUAUUUUUCUCACCAGAUUAUAAUUAUUCUUUUAUUAACUUUAAAUUAUAUUUUUUCUUCCCCAACCAUAUUGAUUCAAUUCGUGAUUGCAAAAAUGGAAACAUAAUAAAAAAAAGCUUGGAAACAUUCUUUCCUUACACUUCCCUUCGUUAUAAGUGUUGCCUCUACACUUUCAUGUUAAAAUAUAGAAUAGCAUUGAUUAGUAUUCGUACAUUGUAUGUGUACAUACUAUGCUCUCGUUUUGUAUAUGAUCGCAAAUCAUUGAUGUAAAUCUUCCACUCCUUAUUUACAGUACACUUUUUUGUGUGUAGAAAGAAUAUGCAUUUAACUUUGUCGACAAAAAUAAAUGAAUUAAUUAUCAUUAUAAACUCUAUAUUACAUCAUAUUUUCUAUAUGUGAAAGGCUAAUUUGCAGUAUUACAAACUCAAUGACACCUAAAAUUACCUUGUUUAUAAGAUAUGACGUUUAGAGUUAUUGCAUUAAUUAAAAAGAUACCACUACCUCUGCGAGAUAAGAGACUUCACUUUCUCUCCUUCACGGCUUCUAGCUGGAGUCUUGCUGUUCUCAUCAACUCUCUCCAUUUAUGGCCCUCUCUAUCUAUCUAUCUCUCUCAUAUUUUGUUUUCUUAAUUCAAUUCUUGCUGAGGUUUUCUUAUCAAAGGGUGUCUUGGUGUUCAAAUUCUUAUUAAAGCUUUAAUUCUACCAGAGUACACAUGGAUGACAAGAGCCACGAUUAUAAAAAUAUAUGGUAAUUUAGCUAGCUUGAGUAAAAUAGUUUUUGAUUAGUUGAAUCAUGGUUUUCACUUCUCUUAUAUCCAUGACCUAAUCAAUAUUGGGUCAUGGCUAUAUAUAAAAAUACCGGUCAAUAUUCACUGGUUGCUUUUCCAUGGUUAGAGAUAAAAUAGUUUUUGAUUAGGUGAGUCAUGGUAAUUACAUAUAAAAUUACCGAUCCAUAUGCACCAAAUUUAGAUUGAGUAAAAUAGUUUUUUGAGAAUUUAGUUAGCUUGAGUAAAAUAUUUUAGGUUUUAUAUCUAGACUAACCCAUGUAUUUAGCAAUAUUUCGAAACUAUAUAUGGGUUGAUUUGUGUUUGAUAAUUAAAAGUAUGGUACACCAAAUUUUUUUUUUGUGUCUUCAAGCUUUAAUUUUAUUAUUAAAUGUUAAAAAAAUUAUACAUUGAAAAUUAAUUAUUGGAUGUGUAUGUUUCAUGUUUGUCUUGUAUUAUUUAAUUUGUGUAUAUAAAAUUUAGGUUAUGAGCUGUUAUUUGGUCAGAAAGAAGAUGAGAGAUAAAUAGCAAUGCUCAGGUGUUGUAAAUACAUCCUCUUGUCCAUCUCUAUCCUUCCACCCAACUCAAUGAACUCAUCCUCUUAUCUAUAAAAGUCAGCCUCUAAUUAUCUUCUAAUUUCCCCAAAAAUAAUCAAAUAAUUUUCAUUUUUCUCUAUUUCUUGGAAGAAUAUUCCCCUUUUCCAAUUUUUUUUUCUUCAAGAAACUCCUUAUCUUGUCUUUUAUCAUCAAAUGCACAUACAUACACUUCACACAUACACGCUAUAUGUAUACGCACUUACAUUUAUGUAUAUAUAUAUAGAGAGAGAGAGACACAAACACACAUACUUGCUUGUUAGAUUGUUUAUACUUAAUAUCUCACCUUCUCGUGGUUUCUCUCUCGCUUUUAGGGUUUUUACUUUCUAGUGGGUCUCUUUUGUCGGGUCUCUUUGUUGCUUCUUCUGGUUCACUUCUAUAUAGACCACUAAAAAGAGUUGUAAUUGUAUACAAAUGGAGUCUGGAAAGAGCUUUGGAACCGAAGACGUUUCUCGCAGCUGUGAAUCUGGAUGGACAAUGUAUUUAGCCUCACAUUCUCAUGAUCCUGAUGACGACUGUUACUAUGAAGAUGGUGAUGACGAGGAUAGCGAUGGUGGUGAGUCAAUGGACUCUGAUGCAUCUUCUGGUCCCAUGGAAGCGACAUCAACUCUCAAACUUCCUCAAGAUACUGAGGAGCAAAACUCAAUAAAGAAAAAGAAGAAGGCUAAUGAAGAGAUGGUUUUGGUGGAGACUAGGGUUCACAACAACAAUCAUGAUGACGAUGCUUAUGAUAAUGAUGAUGUUUAUAAUCACGAUGAUGGUAAUGAUAGCUACAGUGCAGUUCAUAGCUACGUUGGUGCAGUUAGACAAGGGUUUGUUUGAAUUUAUUGACUUUAUGUUAUUUAAUUUAUGUUCCAAUGUUUUCAUUUUACAUGAUCAAAUGCUAUGUCCUUUGUUUACGUUUUUGUUUUAAUGAUGGAAAAGUAUCUUCUUCCUGAUGA